UUAAGUAAAUGUAAUUAAUUAAAAAGUACAUUUAAAUAAAAAGAUAACAUCUUCUAAAUAUUUGUUUAAUUUAAUUUUUGUAAUUUAUAAAUUAAAAAAUUUUUAAGAUUUUUAUUUAUAAAAAAUGAAAAAUCAUUUGAAUAUUCAUUAAUUAAAGAAUACUUUUAAAAUAAUUGUGCAAAUUUUCUAAAACAUUUAAAUUUAAAACAAAGAACUAGUGUUAAAAAAAAAUAUGUGUGAUCCUGACAAUGCUGAUAAAAAACAAUCAUCAAAUGGAGGGACAUUACUUCAAUAUACAGCUGCAAUUAGUGCAUCAUUGACAAUGGCGGGUACUGCAACGUGUAUAGCAUGGUCAACAUCAGCAAUUCCACAUCUCAAGAGUGAAAAUUCCAAAAUACAAAUCACCGAAAUGCAAGGAUCUUUAAUUGCAUCAUUAAAUUAUAUUGGAAUGAUUGUUGGCUUUGCAUCAAGUCCAUUUUUGAUGGAUCGUCUUGGUCGUAAAUUGAGUCUUAUUUUAGUUGGCCUCUCACAAAUAGUUGGUUGGCUAUUAAUUAAUCAAUCACAAUCGGUUCAUGCUCUCUAUAUUGCUCGUAUAAUAUCGGGAAUUAGUGAUUUUAGUUUUAUAGUUUCAAUGAUUUAUGCUGGCGAGAUAGCUGAUAAAAAAAUUCGUGGAACACUUUCGUCAAUACAAAUACUUUCAUUUUCCCUUGGUAUUUUUUAUAUGAUCACAAUUGGCGCUUUUCUUUCAUAUGAAACAGUUAAUAAAUUAGGUUUUUUAAUUCCAAUUAUUUUUCUCAUUACAUUUGCAUUUAUGCCUGAAACACCAUAUUAUUUAUUGAUUCGUGGACGUGAUGAUGAGGCAAUAAAUACAUUGAUGAAAUUAAAAAAUACUGACAAUAAAGAUGAUAUAAAACUUGAUUUAGAAAGAAUGAAAGCGGCAAUUGUUGAGAGUCGAGAAAAUUGUAAAAGUAGUUUUCAUGAACUUUACAGUACAAGUGGAUGUCGACGAAGUUUUCUUGCUUUAUUAUUUCUCAAAGUGACAAAACAACUUUCGGGAAUAACUGCAAUUGUUGUUUAUGGUCAAGAAAUAUUGAAUCAAUCGGGAUUUUCUUUGGAAUCAAAAUAUUUAAUAGUUAUUCUCUGUGCGGGAAAAGUAUUUUCCGGAAUUAUAACAACAAGUCUUAUCGAUAUAUUGGGAAGGAAAAUAAUUCUUUUGAUCUCAGCUUUUGGAACUUGUUUAGCAUUAACUGUGGUUGGUUUCUUUUUUUUUCUUCAAAAUUAUCUGAAAAUUGAUUGCACUACAUUUAAUUGGUUGCCAUUUGUUGGUCUAAUGAUUCAUGUAAUUACAUUUAAUAUUGGACUUGCUCACGUACCUGCUGUAUUUGUUGGUGAAGUAUUUUCAAUUAAAGUCAAAGUUCUCGCUGCUUCAUUUGCAUUAACAGCUGAGGCAUUCGUUGGUUUUCUCAUCAUUGUCAAUUUUAUACCAAUGACCGAAACUAUUGGAAUUUAUGGAACUUUUUGGUUCUUUGCUGUUAUGUGUCUUAUUGGUCCAAUUAUCAGUAAUUUAAUUGUUCCAGAAACAAAAGGAAAAUAUUUGGAGGAUAUUCAAAUUCAAAUUCAAAGAAGAAGCUCGCGACUUGCCAUGAAACCAUUGUUGUUCAAGUGA